UUGGUGUCAUCCGCCAUACUGGAUUGGCAGCUCCCCGCGAGACAACUUCCGGCUCACGUUGUACCUCCGUGUGUCACUACUGCCUUUGAGAAGUCCCUCGGGACUAGCGUGUAGAGGUCGAGCAUGUCAGAGAGCAACAGUGCACCAGACUCGUGGGAGGCGGCAGCUGACGACACCCCGGCCACACACGCCACCAACUUCACCACACUCAACGUGAACGCCCCGGUCUUCAUUCCCAACGUGAAUGCGCCAGAGUUCGUUCCCAGCUUUAUGAAGGAAGAAGGUGGCCAGACCCAACCUGCGGCGCCAGAUCCGCCUCCAGAGCCGGUAGCAGGUACGCCUGAAGAGUCGACCAUAAACAAUGACGGGGACAUCACAGCCGAUUCGUGGGAGGAAGCGGCUGAUGCUGCAACUCCAUCACCAACUCGUGAGACGCCUCCAAGCCCUCCCACGCCAGGCACGCCAGACGAGGAUGAUGAUGAGGACAGUGAUGAAAUAAAAAAGCCCAAGAAAAAGCCAUUAGAUGAAGAUGAUUCUUUACCUAAGAAAGAACCUGUUAAUGUUAUUUUUAUUGGUCAUGUGGAUGCUGGGAAAUCAACGAUUGGUGGUCAGAUUAUGUAUUUGACUGGAAUGGUGGAAAAGAGAACCUUAGAGAAGUAUGAGCGGGAGGCGAAAGAAAAGAACAGAGAGACGUGGUACUUAUCUUGGGCACUAGAUACAAAUCUUGAAGAGCGUGACAAGGGUAAAACUGUAGAAGUGGGUAGAGCGUACUUUGAGACGGAGCAGAAACACUUCACAAUCCUGGAUGCUCCGGGUCACAAAAGUUUCGUGCCUAAUAUGAUUGGUGGUGCCUGCCAAGCUGACUUGGCUGUUUUGGUUAUAUCUGCAAGAAAAGGUGAAUUUGAAACAGGGUUUGAAAGAGGUGGCCAGACGAGAGAACAUGCCAUGUUGGCCAAGACGGCGGGAGUAAAGCAUCUUAUUGUGUUGAUCAACAAGAUGGAUGAUUCAACAGUUCUAUGGUCAGAAAUUCGCUACAAUGAAUGCAAAGAGAAACUUGUUCCCUACCUCAAAAAGGUUGGCUUCAAUCCAAAUAAAGAUAUUAUGUUUAUGCCAUGUUCAGGACUCACUGGUGCUAACCUCAGAGAAUCUAUUGAUGAAACUGUGUGUUCGUGGUAUAAAGGUCCAGCAUUUAUACCAUACAUAAAUGACCUACCAGCUCUAAAUCGUAAUGUUAGUGGACCUUUCAUGAUGCCUGUGGUAGAUCGCUACAACGACAGAGGAACAAUUGUUAUGGGAAAAGUGGAAUCGGGAUGUUGCAAGAAAGGGGAUAGCAUCGUUGUUAUGCCAAAUAAGACUCCAGUCACAGUUGACAUGUUGUGGAGAGAUGAGGAUGAAACCGGGUCAGUAAACUGUGGUGAGAACGUCAAGGUGAAGCUACGAGGUGUAGAGGAAGCUGACGUUGCACCAGGGUUUGUUCUGUGUGACCCUAAUAACCCAUGCAAAACGGGAAGGAUAUUUGAUGCACAGGUUGUUAUCCUUGAACACAAGUCAAUCAUCUGUGCAGGCUACUCAGCGGUUUGCCACAUUCACUCGGUAGCCGAAGAAGUUACAGUAAAGUUACUUAUAUGCCUAAUUGACAAGAAGACUGGAGAAAAAUCUAAAGUUCGACCACGAUUUGUUAAACAAGACCAGAUUGCAAUCAUGAGGUUUGAGACGUCUGGAGUCAUUUGUAUGGAAGCUUUCAAGGAUCACCCACAGCUUGGACGGUUCACAUUAAGAGAUGAAGGUAAAACCAUUGCUAUUGGUAAGGUUUUGAAAGUAGUGGAGUAAUUUGUUGGACCAUGGCGAGCCUUCAGCUAAUAGCAUGUCGGACACCUGAAAACAUGAGUACUGAAGUUAUGUGCAAUGCCUUUCUUUAGAAAUUUUGCUCAUACCAGGAGCUUAAUGAAAUGUUAUCGAGAGGUUCAUUUACAUACGUCAGUCUCAAGAGAUCCAUAAAGCUAACCUCAAAAUGAAUCACAUGAAGGCAGAAGACUCGCACAAUUGGUCCAUCCACUAAUCAGCAGAGAGAAUCAAAGUGCGUGGAUGUCCUGCCAGAAUCUCCGCCUUUUCCCUCUACCUGCCAUGCUCAACCCUCGAAGACAAAUCCUCACUGCAAGAUUGCGUCUUUGUAUGCCCACAGUUGGCAGGCUGUUCAGAGAGAAAUCAUGGUGGAAGAAACGUGUAAAUAAGAUCAAUAUGGAUUGUCUCUUUCAUGCAUCUCUAUACAGAGAUUUCCUGAGAUAGCUUCAUGAAUGUGGUUUGUUGCGCAUAUUAGAAAGUGAUAAAGUUCUCAAUAGUUAUUGGUAAGAGUACAGUGAACUGGAAUCUGUAGGCAAUUGGAGGUUGAAUGCAUUGAAGGAUACCACUGAGCACACAGUAGGCUUAACAGGAGGCAAAUUUCUACUACCAAACCUCAUGAAGCAUGCUGACAUCACUUGUAAUGUAUUAUAAAAGUUUAUAAAGUAUAUUCAGAUCCCGUUUUUAAAUUAUUUUCAAGGGAUACAAAUUUUUAGACUGGGCAGUAAUAUACUGGGGAAAUUAAAAGAUCAGUGAAUAUUGCACUGUUCAUGCCAUAAUUUGUCUUGUUAAAAAAAAAAAUAUGUAUUUAAAAUUUAGUUUCAUGAGCCCUGCUAAAGCCUUCUUGUCAAGGCCUUGUGAGUAUCUUUUUUGAGGGUGAGAAGAAAUGGCAGUGGGUAUUCCUUCUUAUGUGAUAAAUAGCACGUUACAGGUACCACACGCAUCCUUACUUCUCCUCUGUGCCUGUGGUUGCACGUUUUAGUGUUAACAUGCAGUGGCUUAUAUAUGUGGUGGUUCUCCUCCUCGGAGUGUUACAGCUGUCCUUUCAUUCACACAGCUGGCCAGUGGCGGGCUGUCCGUAGUCCAGAUGGCACAGAGGAUGAGAAAUGGGACAUUGCCUGUGCAGUGUGAGCCCAGUGCUACUGCUAAUCUAGGAGUGGGGGCUCCAGAACUCCAUAGCUUUUUUGUAUUUUUUUUUUAUAAUAUAUAUUAUAUAUAUAGCCUUCACCUUCUGGACUGGGAAUGAGAAAAGUACUGGUGCUAUGGAGUGUACUGGGUGCCUUGCUCUUUUCAUAAUUCGUGGCUUGUUCAUGCUGCUAAAUUGUUUGAUUUUGUUAUAUUUGAGCUAUUAUAUGUAAUUCCACAUGGAAUUGCUAAUGGUUCCUUGUAUUAUUCAUAAUGCAAUUUUUUUUGUUUUGGCAGUUUAUUAGGCUUAAUGAAAAGAUAGGUUAGUAAAUCACAGAAUUUUUUGUAUUCCAAGAGCUGCCAGUAGCCCUUGUAUAAAGAGUUAUUUAUAUAUUUGCUGUUGCAAAUUUUUCUCAAUAACCCAAAAAUCUUUUUAUUGUGGUUAUCCUGUCUAAAUGGAAAACUUGUUCGAAUAUACAGGACGUGGAGGGUGA